AUGGACAAAGAGGAGGGAAGAGAUUUCCUGACUUCGCUGCUCAACAAGAAUCUGCGCGUCCUGGCCACUGAUGGCCGCAUGUUCCUCGGCCAAUUCAAGUGUACCGAUCCGGAUCGCAAUGUCGUGCUGGCUCACACCUACGAAUACCGCCAGCCAUCAGCGCAGCGGCGGGCUGAAGCGGCCAAGAAGGCUACAGAAGGAAACGCUUCUGUCACCAUGGACAUGACGUCCCGGUAUCUGGGCUUGGUCGUGGUCCCUGGACAGUACAUUGUGAAGAUUGAGGUGGAAGAGUUCACAAGUCAGAUCGGAGGGCGGCACCCUUAUGCCGAUCUUGAAGCUCGUUGA